AUGGCAUCUGCAUCAGGCGUCGAACAGGAUGGUAAGGUCAAUUUGAUAGAGAACGCUUCUCCUUCCACCACGAUCCGUAUUGGUCCCCCUGGACGAGGUACGAAACGGUUGAAAAUCAAAACGGAGGGCACGAAGAGUAAAGCCGAUAACUCAAGCGAAGCGGCAGGCACAAAACGCUCGACGAAAUCGCCAGCAAAGACAGCGCGGGGCAAGAGCAAGUCUAACUCCGUCGCACGUAAAGACAGACAUCGCGCCAAACGUGUGGAAUGGACGUCUGCGGCUUACAAGAAGCCUUUGCAGUUCUUACAAUAUCGGCAUGCCGGUUACAAGGCUCUUCCCGAGGGUACUCUUCGUGUUCAGUAUGCGAGGACUGCAGGCAAGAGAUUGCUGGAACUUUUUUCAUUCGACACUCACGAUGAUCAGCAAAUCGUGAACGCCGUCGUCAACUGGUUUCAAAACCAUAGGGAUCAAGAUUUCCCUGGCGUCGAACUGUUGAGCGACGAUGAAGUUGAUCUAUCUGAUGGUGGACUCGACAGUGACGUGGAUGAAAAUGUAGACCAGCUCGAGCACGAUGAUGCGGCCAACGACGACGCGGACGCAAACGGUGACGAGGACGCGAACAUGGAUUCUGGCCGACGCGACGUGCAAAGCCAUCGUCAACGGAAGGUAGAGCGCCACCGGUAUGUCGACAAGGACGGCGUCACGACGCGCGAAGCCCAGCAGCAGAGCGACGUCCAAGACGACAGCGUCCCUCACAACGUUAUCGCUGAAAAUAGCGACGACGUCCGCCGCAAUGACAUGCAACGUAGUGUCAACCUGCAGAGCGACGGCGACGUUUGCAAGGAUGGCACGUUGCCCAUGGAAGAUGAUCGCGGCAGCGUCGUCGAACGAAACGAAGUUAACGCUUCCGUGAAUGACGACUUCAACGAUACUCAGGAUCAGAGCGCGAUGCAUGCUGGUGACCCUACCGAGGUGGAUAGUCGGUGCUUCAGCCAGCAGCCAAAGCUUAGUAGAAUUGUGCGGAACGCGCUUGUCAAUAUACCAGGCAUCAAGUCCAACAACACAGGGAUGACCAUCAUGCACGUGAAGUACGCUUACCGUGACCAACUCGGCAACAUCCAUUUCGACGAGCUCUCUGUCGGCAGCAGCGUGAACGACGCGUCAUAUGAAGUUUUUGAAGGAGGGACGGGUCGUGAAGAACGAUCUCGAUGGGAGCGGUUCGUACAAAUGGAGCUUCCAAAUUACCCUCGGAAGCGAGACGAACGUCUCGAAUACGAUAACGGAGGGCGUCCCAUACUUCCGGAGUGGAAAGACGACUGGACAAGAACAAGCAGCGCGGCGGUGUUGUUGGCAUACUUGAAGGAGAUGUGGCAAUACGCCUACAACGGUUAUGCUCCCUCGGAGCUCGACAUGCAGUUGUUGAAAAGUGCACCGCAGACACUCCUUCCCCGUUCCUGGUGCAGUAAGAACAUCGAAGAUCCAACACAAAUGCAGAUUGUCGAUCUCGUUGAGCUCCACACGAACAUCGUCCGCGCUCAGUUCACCGAUGAUGCGUUCAUGUUUACCCCAAACAGACAGGACGACAACAUCGUGAGUAUUGCGAUCGCGCUUAUAGAUGUUCCAAUUAUGCUUACGUAUUUCAUCAUUUGGCGCAGAAGCAUCAGGGACGUCACCGACUACCAGAAGAUCCUCGACAGGGAGGAAGUCACCGCGACGACGUCUCUAGAGAUCCAUCCGUUGAGCAUGGCACGCAGGGCAACAACGCAGCUCGAAGAGGUCAUUCCGGAGACGUCGUCUCUGAAGAUGUCGGUCCGCACCACAGACUCUCGCAGGAUAACUACUCGUAUGGUAUGUCACGCAGCCACACCCAGCACCACAGCGGCUUUGUAUACGACAACCCUGCACGACACGGACAUGCCAACCACGGUCAGCAUUGGGGAUAUCACACGCAGGACGGUCGCGGUCCUUCUCAACGUGGUCCAGAGCGAGACGCGUAUAACGUGGACCCCUUUCCCCGGUCGCGGUUAUUCAGAUGACGCGCGUCACGAAAACACCUACACUGGCAACAACUACGGAUGGGAUGACCAGGUCGGCAAUAGCUAUCAACAUGACGAUCAAGCUCAACGCAGGUACGAGCGCGAGUCGGAGAGAUUCGGUCGCAACCACGUCUACCAGGACUCUCGCCAGCGUGACUCUUAUAACCGCGAAAUGUCAUAUUACGGUGGUCCAGAAGGAGUGACUAGUUCUUCUGAGGCCCUUCAAGAUCGAUCGACAACUACGUCAAACGUGUACACGGACGAGCGACGUUACGGCAGUUCCUUCAUGGGCAUGGCCAUCAACGAGACAGGCGACGGAGCGCAUGUUCCUCAGCCGGAAGAGGAGUACAACGUUAACAACGUCAACGCGACUAGAGAGCCCACAGAUGCUGGAAGCCAAACGCACAACACAACGACUCUAUUCAGCUCCGAAUCAACGACGUCGAGUACCCAGAAGCCAUCCCCGGACAACGCCGCGGUUAUCUCCAGAGGCAUACCGCAGGUCACCAAUGCCAUUGACACUGACGAAUCGGUGACAAAGCGCAAGAACGCGGAGGACGACGAAGAUCAGCACUCUGCCAAGAGACAACGUCUGCGACUUAGCAGUGUGUCUAGGACGGACACGCCGCAGCCGUCGGUGCAUGACGCGCAACAGCGAGUAGAAGUCCGAGACGAGCCCUUCAUCGAGAGUAGCGUGACUUCGCGAGUGGUGUCUCCGAAAAGCUCUGAUGCAAAGCGCGUAGACGGCACAGGUGUGGAUGAUGGAGCUGUCGCCAACACGGACAAGAUAUGA